AUGAAUUUCUCUCACAAACUCAUCUUUCUUGUUCCUUUUCCUUCUCCAAAUGCCCUUAUCCCCACUUCUUCUUCUCCUACCGAAUUCCUUGCGAUGGCGGAUUAUCAAACUCAACUUCUUCUCCUUCGCCACUUUCAACCAAAUCAAACCAUAUUUAUCAACCACCGAUUCAUAAUCAAAUGCACAGUCCUAACGAAGACCUCGAAGGCGGUCGCCGCCGUCGCAAUUCACCCUCCUGUUGGACUCUGUUCUAUGCUUUGGGUCUCCUUCCUCAUCUGGACUAUCGUAAUCUUCUCUCUAAUAUUCGGAAUCGCCUUCUUCGCUUUCGUCAGAUCUAAUCUCCCCGACGUCAAAGUGCAUAGGCUUGAUGUUUACAAGCUUGAUGUGAUUCAACCGAAGAACAAAAACAAGGAUACGCAAUUGGCGAUUGAUGUUGAGCUAUUUGUUAACGUGACAAACAACAACAAGAAGGUGACAUUAGUUUAUGAUGGAAUGCAUGUGGAGACGAAGAUCGAAGGAUUCUCGCUUAUCUUUGCCUUAUGCACUACUCUAUGUUAUGUUCAAAGUGAGGAGUGA